CCUGACCUAACCUGCGACGCAGCCUCCCCAACAUCUUGUCCCUACUUGCCGAUGCGCUACCCUUUAUAGUUCCAUCUGCUCAACCUCUUUCCUCGCCUCUUGUUCUCAAUCUCCUCUUCAUCCUCCUCCCUCCCCUUUCCUCCCUCCAUCUCCAUCAUCCAUCCAUCCAUCGUAUAUCACCUUGUCAUCGACCAAAGUAUCACUAGUUUGGUCUUUCGGUCUCCUUUCCUUAUCUCUUUCCUUGAGUCGCCGGUAGACUUUGUAUCGUAAUCGCAAGCUUGGCUCCAACAUUCCACGCAGUCACACAACCAAUCCUAUUAUCAUCAUGAGGGCCUUUAUUGCUCUAUCGUGGGUCACUGCUGCCCUCGCAGCCCCUUCUUUCAGCUAUGAAACCAUCCAUCAUGGCGCUGCUCCCAUCCUCUCUUCAACGUCCGCCGAAGAGAUCCCCAACUCCUACAUCAUCAAGUUCAAGGACCACGUAACCGCGGCCUCGGCUUCCGAACACCACUCAUGGGUUCAGAAGAUCCAUGGCGAGCGUGAGAACGAGCGCAUGGAGCUCCGGAAACGUGGUCAGAUCCCCUUGAUUGACGAUGUUGUCGACGUCUUCACUGGUCUCAAGCACACCCUGAAGAUUGGCACCGGCUUCCUCGGCUAUGCCGGCCACUUUGAUGAUGCCGUCAUCGAGGAAGUCCGUAAACACCCCGAUGUUGAAUACAUCGAGAAAGACCAAAUCGUCUACGCCCUUGAGACGCCAGAGACUGAGAAGAGUGCCCCUUGGGGUUUAGCCCGAAUCUCGCACCGCGAGACCCUCAACUUUGGAACCUACAACAAAUACCUGUAUGCCGCUGAUGGUGGUGAGGGUGUUGAUGUCUACGUUAUUGACACUGGCACCAACAUUGACCACGUUGAUUUCGAGGGUCGUGCCAAGUGGGGCAAGACGAUCCCCAAGGGCGACGAGGAUGAGGAUGGUAAUGGCCACGGUACUCACUGCUCUGGUACCGUUGCCGGAAAGAAGUAUGGUGUCGCGAAGAAGGCCCACGUUUACGCCGUCAAGGUGCUCCGCUCUAAUGGUUCAGGAUCCAUGUCUGAUGUCAUGUCGGGUGUCGAAUGGGCAGCUGAGGCUCAUAUGGAGCAGGUCGAGGCCGCCAAGAACGGUAAACGCAAGGGUUUCAAGGGCUCAACCGCCAACAUGUCUCUCGGCGGCGGUAAGUCGCCCUCUCUAGAUCAGGCUGUCAACGCUGCUGUCUCUGCUGGUCUGCACUUCGCUGUCGCCGCCGGCAACGACAACGCGGAUGCUUGCAACUACUCUCCUGCAGCUGCUGAGAAGGCCAUCACUGUUGGUGCCUCCGCUCUGGAUGACAGCCGUGCCUACUUCUCCAACUAUGGCAAGUGUGUUGACAUCUUCGGUCCUGGUUUGAGCAUUCAGUCAACCUGGAUUGGAAGCAACCACGCCAUCAACACCAUCUCGGGUACCUCGAUGGCUUCACCUCACUUGUGUGGUCUUACUGCCUACUUCUUGUCCCUCCAGCCCGCUAGUGACUCCGAUUACGGAAUGGCUGCUAUCACUCCCGAGAAGAUGAAGUCCAACAUGCUAUCCAUUGCUACUAAGGGUGCUCUCUCUGAGAUUCCCGAGGACACUCCUAACCUACUUGCUUGGAACGGCGGUGGCUACUCCAACUACUCCCAGAUCGUCAAGGAGGGUGGAUACGCUGCUAAGAAGACCCCCGAGUCCACAUUGACCCUUGAGGAUCUCGAGCAGGCUAUUGAAGAUGACUUCAAGGUCGUCUCUGGCAAGAUUGUCGAUGGCAUCUCUACUUUCUCGGAUAAGGCUGAGAAGUUCUCCGAGAAGAUCCACGACCUUGUUGACGAAGAACUCAAGGACUUCCUCAAGGAGCUCCGUGCUUAAGUCUUUGGCAAGCGGAAUGUAUGAGUUUUUUUUGGGAAGCACGCAUGCGGGAUAUUCUUUGUUAGAGGCGUUCCAGAAGAAGCGGUUGAACCUGGUUUUCAGAUUAGUUUCAACCGUUUCUAGUUUGUUUUGUAAUGUACAUUUGGUAUCGAUCGGUCUUGGUGACGGCAACGCAUUCAUAGGUUUUUUAGUCAAGGCAUAGAUGCCAUAUCCCGAUUACUUUCCAUACCAUUGUCCAGAAUAAUGUGUGCUUCUUGCUCUUUAGUGUGACUGAAAAUUGUGUUUUACAAGCUUCAACAGCGUGAUCAGGUCUGUC